CCCAAAGCGCGGCGGCGGCGGAAAGGCAGGAGGCCCGCGGAACGGACCCCCAGCAUUCAUGGCCGCCCUCUCCUCUCUGCGUCGAGCCGGCCCCGCGCACGCGCCGACGGUCCGGGGCAGGCCGAGCGGGCGGGGUUCCGCCGCCAUGAGCGUGGUGAUCCGCAACGCGCAGCGUGCAGUUCCUUUGCGCCGAGUUGCUCUCCGUCGCGCCGUCUGUGCGCUGCGGGAUGCGCUGGGCGCCGCGCGCUUCGAUGUGGCGUUGGUCUGCGCCGGCGAUGCGCUGAUGAGGCGGCUGAACGGCGCGUACCGGCGACACCCCGAGCCCACCGACGUGCUGUCCUUCCCCUACCACUGGGUGUCGCCCGGCGAGCUCCCGCGGCCGCGCAGCCGCGACGAGUACAACCUCGGGGACAUCUUCCUGGGGGUGGAGUUCAUCCAGCAGCAGUGCCGCCGCGGCGGGGAGGACUUCGAGAGCGUGCUGACGGUGACUGUAGCCCAUGGAUUGUGUCACUUGCUUGGCUACCAGCAUAACACAAAGGCGGAGUGGCAACAGAUGUACCAGAAGGAAGAGGAAAUCCUGGAGGAGCUGAACCGGCUCGAAGGCACCAGCCUCCGGCCCCUCACUGCUGGCCUCUUCUGAGGGAGGGGCUGAGCCACCACCAGGCCACCCCGGACAUGGCGGCACACC